CUCUAGCAAGCUUCAGUUUUCAAUUUCAACUUUGAGCUCACUGCUCAGCCGCUCAGUACGCCGGCUUCAUGUAAUCUUGAUCUCGGAGUAACGGAGUAUACGUAGGCAAAAUGAUGGAAAAUCCUACCAGUGAUAAUGACUGUGAAUCCGGUAAAGUAAAUGGCGAUAAAAAGGAACACGUGAAUGGUAUACAUAACGGAUAUAGCAGUUCCGAUAAACAUAAAAGUAGCCAUAAAUCGUCAAGUAAGGACAAGCAUCGUGACAAAGAUCGCGACCAUAAGAGCUCCAAACAUAGCAGCUCCAGUGGCGACAAGCAUUCUAGCAGUAAAAAUCACAGCAGCUCACAUAAAUCUUCAAGUAAAGACAAAGAACGGGAUAGAGAACAUAAACAUAGAGAUCGUUCAGAGAAGGAUAAAGAGAGAAGUAGUGACAAAGAGAAACAUCGAGACAAAGACAAGGAGAAAAGCGACAGAGACAGGGAUAGGGGUGAUCGUGACAAGCAUAAAUCAAAUAAUGGAGAAAAAAGAAAGGAUAAGGAGCAUUUGUCAUCAAAGGAUCAUAAAUCUAAAGACAGAGAUAAACACCGUGAUCAUGAUCGACAGAGGAGUGACAAGGAUAAACACAAGAGCGAAAAGCACUCAAGUUCCAAAGAUAAAGAUAGGCACAGCUCCAGUAAGCACAAGGAGAAAGACAGAGAAAAGUUAAAAAUUAAAUCUGAUUCAGAUUCUCAAGAUUCACCAAGAAAAGAUGAUCCAUUGCAGAUUGAUGAAGCUUCAAUAAAGCUAGAGAUAAAAGAAGAAAGUGAAGAUGGAUUUGCAGGAGCAAAUACAACUGCCUCAUCAUGUGAUUACUCCCUUUCACAAUUUAAGGAUGAGCCUCUUGGUGAACUACCAGACGAAAGUGAGAGUGAAGAGGAUAUUCCACUGACUGAACGCAAGGCAAUCAAGAAACGGGCUAUCAGUGAUGAUGAACAAGAUAUACCUCUGUUGCAAAGGAAGAAACCUAAGAAAAAAAUUAAGAAAGAACCAGUUGAUUAUGACGACGAUGAUGAAGAAGAAGAAGAAAAACCCAAAAAGAAGAAGAAACAAGCAGAAAAACGAAAAGUUAAGACUGAACCAGAUGAAAUCCCUAGCCCCACUAAGCGAAAGAAGAAGGAUGGCAAAGACGAGGAACAAGAGGUUUGGAAAUGGUGGGAAGAGCAGAAAAAUGAUGAUGGAACAAAGUGGAGGUUUCUGGAACAUAAAGGUCCAGUGUUUGCACCUCCCUAUGAACCUUUACCACCAAAUGUCAAAUUUCGUUAUGAUGGAAAAGAAAUGCGGCUUUCUCAAGACAGUGAAGAAGUUGCUGGAUUCUAUGCUCGAAUGCUUGACCAUGAUUAUACUACAAAAUCUACAUUUAAUACAAAUUUCUUUAAUGAUUGGCGUAAAGUUAUGACAUCAGAAGAAGCAAAAAUAAUAAAGGACCUUUCAAAGUGUGAUUUUAAGGAAAUGCAAACAUUUUUCCUAGAUCAAUCUGAAAAAAACAAAAAUCGUACUAAAGAAGAAAAGGCUGCACUGAAAGCUAAGAAUGAAGAAAUACAGAAAGAAUAUGGUAUUUGUAUAAUUGAUGGGCACAAAGAGAAGAUAGGAAACUUCAGAAUUGAACCACCUGGGCUAUUUAGAGGUCGUGGUGAGCAUCCAAAAAUGGGUAUGUUAAAAAGGAGGGUUAUACCAGAAGAUGUUUCUAUAAAUUGUUCUAAAGAUAGUAAAAUUCCCAAACCACCCCCAGGCCAUAAGUGGAAGGAUGUCAGACAUGACAACACUGUUACAUGGUUAGCUUCAUGGACAGAAAAUGUUCAAGGUCAAUCAAAGUAUGUUAUGUUAAAUCCAAGCUCAAAACUUAAAGGUGAAAAAGACUGGCAGAAAUAUGAAACAGCUCGUAAACUACACAAGUGCAUUGACAAAAUUAGAGACCAGUAUCGUUUGGACUGGAAAGCGAAGGAGAUGCGUGUUCGCCAACGAGCUGUAGCAUUGUAUUUCAUUGACCGUCUUGCUUUGAGAGCUGGUAAUGAGAAAGAUGAUGACCAGGCUGAUACUGUUGGUUGUUGCUCACUCAGGGUCGAACAUAUUGAAUUGCAUAAAGAAAAGGAUGGCAAAGAAUAUGUUGUUGUGUUUGAUUUCCUUGGUAAAGAUUCUAUAAGAUAUUACAAUGAAGUCCCAGUGGAGAAGCGGGUGUUUAAAAAUCUCGAAUUAUUUAUGGAGAACAAAAAAGACAGUGAUGAUUUAUUUGAUAGAUUGAGCACUCAGACACUAAAUGAGCAUUUGAAAGAUUUGAUGCCUGGUUUGACUGCCAAGGUCUUUCGUACUUACAAUGCAUCUAUCACUUUACAGAGACAACUUGAAGAAUUAACAGACCCAGAUGCUACUGUGCCUGAAAAAAUUUUAGCUUACAACAGAGCAAACCGUGCUGUUGCUAUACUUUGUAACCAUCAGCGUGCUGUACCUAAAGGUCAUUCAAAAUCUAUGGAGGCUCUCAAAGAGAAAAUACAAACAAAGAGGGACCAAGUUGAUGAAGCCGAGGAAGAUUAUAGGCAAGCCAGCAAAGCUGCCAAACGAGGCUCUGUUAAGGAAAAACUUAACUGUGAUAAGAAAAAGAAAGCUUUGGAUCGCCUCAAGGAACAACUGAAGAAGCUAGAAUUGGAUGAAACAAAUAGAGAUGAAAACAAAACUAUAGCCCUUGGCACAUCAAAACUGAACUAUCUGGAUCCACGUAUAUCCGUAUCAUGGUGCAAAAAGCAUGGUGUACCGAUCGAGAAGAUUUACAACAAAACACAGCGUGAUAAGUUCCGCUGGGCAAUUGACAUGGCCGGGCCGGACUAUGUCUUCUAAACUUGUAGCAUCAGCUACUUUAUAUAUUUUGUUUCAAUGUAAACAUUCUACUUUACAAUUUUUUUACUUUUAGUUUUAUGGUCUUUUGACAUGAAACAAAUUGUAUGUGAAAAUCAAAAAAUAAAGUUGUUCCUCACAUUAGGAUCCAAAUUAGAAGUCUGAUUCUAAUUUAUUUAGACAAAUUUAGUUGCCCUUAGCUUAAUUUAUAUUUGUAAGUAUUAUUGUAAAAAUCUUGGAACUUUUUCGUAUCUCAUUUUCUGUUUUAGAUAAUUGACAUAAAUGUCUGUGAGUGAAUGAUACGCGUGUAUGGUAUUUCUGUAGUCGCUUUGUAAAUAUUAGUGAGGCUUUUAAUUACACGGUAAAUUACAUAAGCAAUCGAUCAUUAUUUUACAAAUAAAGCAUUCGCAUACAUCAUGAAGUGCUCCAUAGGUUGUAGGAAUUCUAAGUAUUUUCUGCACAAUGUGCAGCUAUAAUGUUGUAAAGUAAGAAAUAAUGUUAUUUUAUUUUUUAUAAUUACAGACAAUUUUGGAAUAGUGAGGAUUUAAAAAGGUACAAUGUUGUAGAUAAUUAUAACUAUAAUGUCUACUUCUUGUAAAUAAUGAAUUUUUACCAUGUCAUAAAAAUUGUGAAAUGAGAUUAUCAAAUAAAAAUGACACUAGGA